AUGGAGAUGGGUCAAAAGGCUAACUAUAUAUUUAAUGUGAAUCCAAACAUACAUGCCAGUCGGGACGUUGGAUGUUUGAAUGUUAGGUUUGGACUUGAUGGUGUGGUUCCUUUCUUCCCGUGGUUUCAUUUUUCAAAAUCCUUAGCCACGAAGUUUAUUAGUCCCACCGGAAUCUUCACUGUAUAUAAGUUCGAGAUCUCUAUUCAGAUCUCUCCAUCCUCCCCACCUCCUACCUCUACAAGCUUAACCACCGAAAGUUCGACCAAGAGAUUGAGAGAAAGAUGCCGCCUCACUGGGGACCACCUCCUCACGGGCCACCCGGCGGCCCAUUCGGUUGCUUCGGGUUCCUUUGCGACGGCGUUUGCCGGCUCAUUUCUGCCUGUGCCUAUGUGUUGUGCUGCUGCUGCAUCUUGGAGAGCUGCUGCGGGCCGAUGUUCGGGGGGCCUGGAGGCCCUCCGAUGGGCCCACCACGCUUCUGAGCAGCCCCUUUCACCGGAGGUGCUCUUGCUUAUCAGUAAUAAGAACGGGGGAAUGGAAACUUACUCGGUUGUCUUCUUUCAUAUAUAUGUCUUUUGAGUUUGCUACGGCGAUGAUGUUUUCCACUUCGGGAAGUGCCGUUGAUGAAUGACAUUUUGUCUUAGUUCGAAUAUACAAUUUUCGAUAGUCACAAUCUCUGGUCUGUAUUCGAAUGGCUCAAAGUUCAUUUAAUUAGUCCUAAUAUCUCAUUAGAAAAUGACAGCUUCCUCCCGA